CUCAGGAAAGCCAUUGUCGUGUCGUGGCCCAACAUCUUCCACAAAUCUUUACAUAUUGCUAUAGCUAGCCGGUCCAUCAAUCAAGAUGCGCCGGAUACUCCUCACGCCGUCGCAAGUCUCUGUGCUGGUCACCAGCCUUGUCGUGAUUUCGUGCACCCUUGCCCUCUUCCUGAGCGGCUACGUGAUUCAACAACGGACACUACGAGAUCUACGGUCUGCGAUCAAGCCACGAGCACCUCGACCAAAGCCACCACAGACCUACCUGCCCGCCAAGUUUCGCAAGAACACGCGCACACUGGAAGAUGGAACGAUAAUAGAGGUGGAGGGCGACGCUGAGGCCAGCGAAGGCCAGCAAAUGCAGCGAGAGGUCAUCAUCGAAGUAGCACCAACAACCGUCCCAGAACCGGUGGCGCAACAACAUGUGGCGGCACCGCCUCGGCACCGUGGGGUCGAGAACGCCAACCCGUCGUCAAGUCACCACCACCACGAUCAGAGCGAGGUGCCCUCCAACAAGCUCGCCAUGCUCGACGCGCUCAAGUCGCAGGCGGCGCAGAAGUCGUGGGCGGUAGAGCACCCGGAUCCCAUGGCCAACAGCAAGGUGCCCGUCACCAGGGCGGAGAGGAGACGGCUGAUCAAAGAGGAGAUUCACCGACUGUCGCAGCCAGACGAGCAGGUGUACUACCAAAGGAGGCUGUGGUAGGGGCUUUCGUGGGUGUGUGAUGCACGCGGCGCGGGCUUCAUGUGAUGGUGCAUUUUUUUGGGAUAUCUGGCGCAUGGUGUUCAUCUUGGAAUCUACAAUGAUAGGAGUUCAAUGGAUGAUGAUUGCCUGAUUUUUGCUGCAAGAGACUUCGGAGUGAUCCUGAACCGGACAUUACAAACUGAGCAGGCAGGCAGGCAGGGCUGCGAUGCAACCCUUCAGGUCCGUCGUCGAUAAGGCAGCCCUCUGCACGGCAGCUGGGCGUCUAUGACAGGUCCAGCACUGUCCCCAAGAAUCGGCAGUUCAAUUGUUGGACGCGCAGUCAGGCAAUGUGAGUGCCUUGGCCAUGACGACAGUUAAAGUGGUUGCAUGAACACAGGAUGCUGAAAGGCUGCAACAGCCUGUUUCACGUUUUCAACGCCAGGUCAAG